AAAACAUUAAUUAAAUUGUGAGGUUAGUUACUCCAGAAAAAAAUUUGUAAGUUACUGGAGAAUGUCGGAAGUUGCAUAGUAAUUUUGGGUGCUAAAUUGUACAGAAAGUGUUGUGAACCAUGGCAUUGUGUCUCAAGAGUCUGCCCGCACGUUAUGUUCCAAUUAAUGCAAUUAUUUGCACAACAAAACCAACACAUUUGACACAGAAUGUCCAGAAGCGGAAGGACCAGCAUAUCCAGGCUAGGUCACCGGUUAAUGUUAUUCCCCUGGAGAGCUCACGAGAUGAGAUUCUGCGAAUAGUUGACAAGAGAUUUAAGGAUGAGAGCUUCUACAAGUAUUGCACACCAAAUCCUAUUCAUAAAUUUGCAAAUGAUCACUCAGGUGGGGAAAAGUCCCAAUCAUCUGGUGAUCCCCGUCCUAAUAGUGAGGAUCUCGCAAAAGUCUUCAAUGUGCUGCGCACAACCCUACCCAAGCUCUUCGUUAAACCCAUGGAUUACUCAAUCUACAGUCCAAAUUUGAUAUUUGAGAAUAAUAUCACAGGAAAGAGGACAGUGGGACUCUAUCACUAUGUGAAGCAAGUGGCUCUUUUGAGAACAGUUGGACAUCUCAAGUAUGCGUAUGUGAAUUUUGAAGUCAUCAAAAUAACCCAACAUCCGGAAGACAACACAGUACGGGUGAGAUGGCGCAUUCGUGGAAUUUCUGCAUUCAAAGUGAUGUUCAUGUUCUGGAAGUACAAACUCUGGAAGCUUAAGGAGACCUUUGAGAACAUGGAUUCGUGGUACGAUGGAUUUUCCACAUUUUACAUCGGAAAUGAUGGUCUCAUCAUAAAACACGUUGCGGAUAAGAUGAUGCCCGAUGAUAGCCGGGAGGUCAAUAAGGUGUCCAAGGUGCAAGUGUUCCCCAUGGUGGAAGGGAGACCAGCAUAGGAGCAUAGUAAAUGGAUAUUUAGUUGAAAUGUUUAAUCUAUAAAUAAAGGAUUUCGUUCCUUUA